AUGGAUUCCUCGUGCCGUGGCGCCUCCCUUUGUCUGCUCGUGUCGCUCCUGCUCCUCUCCCUCAGCGUCUUGCGGAUCCACGCGCGCUACGGCCCCGAGGUCGGAGCAUCCGGGGGGCGCCAGAACGAUCCAUCAGCCGGCAGCGGCGGCGGAGGGGCGGCCAACACGGGGAGCGACGUUACGGAGUCGAUUGCGGAGUGGCGGCGGCGAUCAGCGGAAGCGGGCGCGCACUUCUUCCCCCUGCAGCGCGCGGAAGUCGCCCCCAGCAGGGACGAGCUGCACCGGCGGAUCCUCGGCCCCUCCGGCGUAGGCGGCGGCUUGAAGAACAAAGGAACUUCACCCAAGUCAUCGCAGAAGAAAGGGUUUCCGCUGCCGCUGCUGGACUAUGACAGCACGCUGCUCUCCACGGCUAACGGCACCCUGGGCAACACCCUGGUCAACUACAGCACCUACCUCGACGACAACCAGAUCCGCCUCCCCGUGUAUCCGUACUACGUGACGCUCAAGCUGGGGUCGCAGAAGCAGCAGUUCAGCAUGGCUCUCAACCUGGCCUCGCCCUUUACCUUCGUGCCCUGCGACUGCCUGCACUGCGGCACCUCUCGCAUGGGGACCACGACAAGCAAGCCCUUCAGCACGCUCACCUCCACAACGCUUGAGUACAUCUCCUGCGCCGACCAGCGCUGCCAGGGGGGCAGCAAGGACGGAAGUGGUUACUACGGCUGCAACACGGAUGGGCUCUCCAACUACCUCAACGUCACGGGCUACCUGCCUGGCGACGACGCACUCUGUGUUUUUGAUGCAUACGCAGAGCCCUACGACUACUACGAAGCUGACUAUGAGUCAGGAUGGUACUCUGAGUCGGUAGGGCAUGUGGUGCAGGACACUGUCUACCUCACUGCACCUGAUGGUACCGAAGCCAACCGAUCCAUGAUUCUAGGCUGUGGAGUGAACCAGACGGGCCAGUGGGGCAUGCAAGGGUGGCAGUACGGCUCGUGGGCAGCAGGAGGCGUGCUGGGGCUGGGGUGGGAUAGUCCUUUUCUUGAACAGCUCACCUCAAGCACUAGCGCCUUCGCUGUGUGUUUGGAGCAGCCCAUCCUGACGAACAAGACGGGGUGGGAUGGCAAGGUGCCGCUGCAGACAGGCAGCAGCCAUCUCACCAUCGGAGCCACCGGCCUCCCUGCCGGCGCCAGCUACGCCUCCUUGCUGUACCCGACCGGCAUGCAGUACAGCCACAUCACACUCACCACGGCCAAGCGUGCACUCAACAUCACAGACGACCCAUCCAAUGUAGACGGGGACUCAUCCUUCCUGCCUCCAGGGGCCGCUGAGGAUACCACGCCGGGCUUCUUCUUCAUGCCCGAGUCCUUCGUGCAUCUCCUGCGCUACCCUCUCUUUCUCAGCCUCUUCUACGCUCUCCAAGACCUGACAGGGCAAACAUUCGAUAUCAAUGUCAACAAUAGUCAUAUGUUUCGGCUUUUGUGCUUCGCCAACAAGAACAAGGCGGUGGAUCCUUUCACAGCCUUCCCCACCAUCGACAUUGCUUUCCUCUCUCCAGACAACACCAUCUCCCACUUCUAUCUCAAGCCGCGCGAGUACCUCGCCCAGGUUUCGGCAUCUGAAUACUGUGUUUUGGUCACCUACAUGCUCUCGCAGGCAAAGUACGCUAGUUACAUUGGAGAGCCGGGGCUGUUCAACAAGUACCUCUUUCUCGACUACACCAACGGGACUGCAGGGUGGAUUGACGCUCCUAACUGUGGAGCUGAGCCCCUGCUGCCGCCACCCUCCCCUCCUCCACCAUCACCUCCCUCGCCUGUUUCCAAAAGGGCCACUCGCCCUCUCUCACCCGUGGCAGCAGCACUCACAGCUGCCCUUGCCCUUGCCACCUCCGCCACCCUGCUUGCUCUCACUCUCCUGUAG